AUGAAGUUUAUACUCCUUGUGCAAUCACUGCUGUUGACUAACCUCUCACCACAGCUAGUGUCUGGGAGUCCCAAGCAACUCUUCCUGAAAUACCUGUUUGAACCUCCACCUUGCAGGUCAAGUCCUGAAAACUGCAAUUACUUCUGCACAGUUCAGGCAGAUUGCAAAAAGGGAUUGCAGUGCUGUUCUUCCUUUUGUGGAAUAGUCUGUUCCAUAAACAAAAAAGGUUCCACUGAAGAGUAG